ACAUUGCAGUGGCGCCCGAGCAGGGACAGGGUGAAAGGUAAUGGGGGAAUGGGUUCGGUUGGCGUCCUUUGGCUUAGCUGCUUGGCUCGAUGGCUAGAAAAUUCAGUCACACCACGGCCAGCGCGCAGUUAGCUACAGAGAAAGGAAAGCAGGAGCCACAGGACACAGAGCUCCUUCGUCUGCAACUGACCACGAGAGCUGAGCAAAGAGGAGCCUAUAUAUUCCUUUUUUUUUGCUGUUUGUACAAUAGAAUCGACAUAAAUACAGUGAUUGUCCAGUGAAUAUUUUAUAUUAGUGGGUGCUACGCCAUGUCAACAGAAUGCAACGCCCUGAUAGUAGAACUACCUUUAAUUAACUGAGGAAACAACAAACAAUAACUAGUGAACUAAGCAAACACCAUCCAGGAUGUCGGACCAGCAGAAAGCCUCCCUGUGUCCCCGGCUGGUGGACUACAUGGCCAUCGUGGGUGCCCACACGACGCCUCCGAUGCCGAAAGGACUGCAGGGCCUCAAGGCCCCGCCGGUGCAGGUCCCCGAUCUGCUGCGUCGCUACCCCCCAUCCGACCAUGCGGACUUCCCACUGCCCCUGGACAUGGUGUACUUUUGCCAGCCGGAGGGCUGCACCAGCGUGGGACCGCGACGCACUGGCUCCGCCAUUCGGGACAUGACCUCCUUCGUUUUCGCCCUGACCGACAAGGAUUCGGGCAAGACGCGGUACGGGAUAUGCGUGAACUUCUACCGACCCAUCGAGCGGCCCAGUUCGGUGGCGGGUUCGGGGGCAGUUGGACAGGAUCGGCCGGGAAACGGAGGCCAUGCGGGCGGCGGAGGAGCAGGUGGAGCCGGCGGCGGUGGCGGACGAGGCGGCCGGAGAUCGUCGGCCUUCAGGCGGGAAUCCUGGCGCAAGAGCAUGGAACGCAGCUCGGAUUCGGCAUUUAGCAGCGACUACAGAAGUAACGUAGCGCCUAGCGAUUCGGACCGUGAACUGACCUCGCGUCGCGAUUCGGACCAGCAGCGCCUCCACUCGCACUCGCAUUCGCACCACUCCCAAUCGCAGCACCACCAGUCGCAGCACCACCAGUCGCACCCGUCGGCGGGUCCGGCGGUGCCCAAGCUGGGACUGAUGGCCCCCUCGGCGGACUCGGAGUCCGGCGGCAGCCACUCGCCGUCGCCGCGGGCCUCGCGAAAGCGGACGAAGCUGCGCAACCAGUCGCUCACCUCGCUGUGCAUCAUCUCGCACCACCCGUUCUUCACCACCUUCCGCGAGUGCCUCUUCAUCCUGAAGAAGCUGAUCGAUGCCUGCAACGAGUCGUCGUCGCCGAAGCGAGUGGGCGCCUCCCAGAAAAUGAACCGCGACAAUGUGUGGACGGUGCUGACGGGCCAUGUCAGCGACGCGACACCCUCGAUCGUCCUGCACGAUGUGCGCGAAAUCGAGACCUGGAUCCUGCGACUGCUCUCCACGCCGGUUCCGGUGCCGGGAUCCACACGAGUCGAGGUGGAGGUGCUGUCGCCGACGGUGCAUGAGCCGCUGCUGUUCGCCCUGCCCGACCACACUCGCUUCUCGCUGGUGGACUUCCCGCUCCACCUGCCACUGGAGCUGCUCGGCGUGGAGACCUGCCUGAAGGUGUGGACCCUGAUCAUGCAGGAGAACAAGGUGCUCUUCCAGUCACGCGACUACAACGCCCUCUCCAUGUCGGUCAUGGCAUUCGUCACUAUGCUAUAUCCGCUGGAGUACAUGUUCCCUGUCAUUCCGCUCCUGCCCACCUGCCUGAGUUGUGCGGAGCAGCUGCUACUGGCGCCCACGCCCUUCGUCAUCGGGGUGCCCGCCUCGUUCCUGGUCUACAAAAAGAAUUUCAGGCUACCGGAUGACAUUUGGGUGGUCGACUUGGACUCCACCAAACUGACGCCACCGACUGGUGGCUACGAGGAAAUACCACCGCUACCUGAGCCCGAGGGCACCAUUCUGAAGAACCACCUCAAGCAGGCUAUGCUAUUGAUGGAUGAAGCUGGACUUGGUGCACUUACCUCGAUGACGUCCACCAACACGGCGGUGUCCUCGCAACAGCUUUUGCCAUCGGUACGGGAUAGUCUCCAGGAACCACCAUUGCUGGGUGUUUCCCAGGUGCGACUUCCGCUUCAGACGCCACCCCAUUCGGCGCAGGCCAGUCAAAGGAACUCGAUGUCGGCCCAAGGAACGAUUAGUUCCCGUCAGCCCAGUCCGAUGAACUCGCCCGCGCUCAAUCCAUUCGUUUACGGCACGGAUGUCGAUUCCGUGGACGUGGCGACGCGAGUGGCGAUGGUCCGGUUUUUCAAUGCCCAAAAUACACUGGCCAAUUUCGCCGAGCACACGCGUACAUUGCGCCUGUAUCCGCGACCCGUGGUCGCAUUUCAGAUAAACAGUUUCCUACGCUCCCGGCCGAGGGCCUCGCAGUUCCUGAAUCAAUUCGCCCGGACGCAGGCGGUGGAGUUUCUGGCCGAGUGGUCGCUAACGCCCACGAAUGUGGCCUUUCUGCGGGUUCAAACCGGGGUCAUGGACCCCAUGCAGGUGGGCGAUAAGCCCAAGUGGUUCGCCCACUCCCUGACCCCCAUUCGAUUCUCGGUCUGGGACGAUGGCAGCUCGCUGAACGGAGCUCUGCGAUCGCUGAAGCAGCUCGAGUGCCAGCCGACGGACGAGAGUGGCUCGGAUUCCGAGGGAGCGGACAGCAGCAGCUCGUCGUACAGUUCGCUCAGUGACUUCGUCUCGGAAAUGGCCUCCUCGGAUCUGUCGCCCAGCCUGCACGAUGUCUUCGGCUCGUACAAUCGACCGCAUGUCGUCCCGCAGACCCUGUCCUCCAAUUUGGAUCCCGCACUGGUUUACCAUCCGCCCAGCAAGCUGCAGUACCCGGAGGGCAUUGCCGAUGCGGCGGCCAGCAAGGAGGAGGAGGACGAGGAGCGAGCCGAUAGCCCCGUUUCCUCAUCCUCCAGUCGCUCCGAUCUGAGUUCGCCCAGCUUUAAUCGCGAUUCGGAAUUUGAUUUCCAGCCAAAGGGAUCAGCAACUGGUGGUGGCGGAGGAGCAACUGCACCCAGUUUCGAGUUGGCCACACCGCUGGCCAUGCGGCUGGAGGCCACCAUCAAGAUGGCCAGCAUCGAGCAGGAAUCGGACACGGGAUCCACGGUCACCGGCAAGAGCAUAGCCACCGGUUCCAAGCUCCAGAGACAUCCCAGUGAUUCCGAGCGGCCCGAGAAGAAGAUACCGCCACCGCUAACGCCACCGGUGAAGCAGCCGGGUGUGAGCAAUAUUCUCGCCCGGACCGGCAGUUCCGGCUCCAGUUCGAGCAGUCCCGGUCGCCAGAGUUCCCAGAGCUCCCUCUUCGAGAACUUUGCCUCCCAUGCCAAGGAGUUGGUGCGGGAGACGACGCGGCAGAGCAGCCAGGAGGGUCUACUGGCCCACGUGGACAAGCAUGCGCUGGACGAAGAUCUUGACGACAAAAUGCGUCAUACCUUCGAAAAGUUCACGCUGCACGCCAAAAAGGCGGCCGGAGAGGCUUCGAAGCAGGCUCUGGAGGUCUCCAAGCAGGCGGCUGGGGUGAGCAAGAACACGCUCGAGGAUCUCACCUAUGUGGGCAAGUCGACGCUGGGCGAUCUCACCAAGACGGCCAAGGAGGCGGCCACCAAGAAGGGCAUCAUCAAGAUCGAGGAGCAUUCGAUGGCGGUGGCCAAUGCUCCGCCGCCCAAGUCACCCGGCUCCCAACUGGCCACCCACAAGCAGGUGCAGCAAAGUGGCGGUUCGGGCGGUGGCAACAACUUCUUCUCCUCGAUUGGCACCGAUUUCAAUGGUCUAGCCUCAUCCACAUCCACCAUGUUUUCGGGCAUGUUUGGCAAAAAGAACCAACAGAAGCAGGUUCCCAUGCCACAUAAGCCGGCUAGCGUUUCCGCGGGAAAGGGCAAGACGGGCAUUAACUUCGAUCCAUUUCCCGGACGCAAAGGACUCGUGGAGCGGACACCGUUGAUUAAGCACUCGGGACCGAGGCAAACGCAAGAGGAGCUGACCCGCCAGCAAAACCAGGAGCGUUCGCAUAGUAAUGCCGAGAACCAGACCUUCCUCAAGGACGUCACCAACCAGGUGCUCGCUGGCGAGGGAGUCGGUUGGCUGAAGCUCAAUCGGUUCAAGAAGCUCAUGGAGGACGAGUCCUAUCGCACGCUGGUCCUCAGCAAGCUGAACAAGACGUUGGACAAGAAGAUAGCUCCAGAUGAUCACAUUGACGAUGUGUGCGUGACGAAACCCGUUUGGAAGGGCAUGCUCAAGUGCGUCCAGGCGAUAGCCGGCGGAUUGGACGUGACCUUCUCGAACUUCGGCCUAGGCGGCAUGGCCUCUGUGUUCCAACUGAUGGAGGUGGCGCACACGCACUACUGGAGCAAGGAGAUAAACGAGGGCAGCGACAUGUCCUCCAGCCUGCUCUCCAGUCACGCCGCCAGUCCGAUGGGCAGUCGGGAGAACCUGCGAUCGCCCAGCUCACCAAACGGUUCCCAUGGUUCGGCUUUGGGCAGCGAGUGGGCCUCACCGCAGGAGUCACGAAAGAGCUCCACCCAAUUGCCACACGGUGGUGGUCCGGGUGGCUCGCAUUCGGGAGCUCCGGUCAAUCGACGGCUGUCAUCGGCGGACAGCCAGGAUGGCCAGUCAACCACCGAGAUGUUCAAGGACAUGCUGUCGCAGAAGAGAAGUGCCUUGAAGAACAUGCUCACCUCCUUCGACUCGGAUGCCGCUGGCUCCACGGGGGCGCUUUCCGUUGUCAGUCUGGGCGUUCGCUUGCCCUCCAGCUGCAGGUCCACGGUCUCAGACACCGAGUACGAAAAUACAACCACUUCGAAGGAUUCGAAAAAGAGCUCUGGCAAUCUGUGGUCCGGAAAGUCGACGCUUAGUGCCGGAUUUCGUUAUACCGGAGGACACCUGAUCAACACCUCGUCGUCGCCCUCGCCGGACAGUCCGCGGGUCUAUCUCUUCGAGGGGCUGUUGGGCAAGGAUCGCUUGAAUCUCUGGAACCAAAUGCAGUUCUGGGAGGAUGCCUUCCUGGAUGCUGUUAGUCAGGAGCGCGAUAUGAUCGGCAUGGAUCAGGGUCCCAUUGAGAUGAUGGAGCGCUACAAAUCGCUGAGCGAAUCGGAGCGAAAGCGGCUUGAGCACGAUGAGGAUCGCUUGCUAUCUACGAUGCUCUACAACCUGACGGCCAUCCUGGUGAUGCUGAAUGUCACCAAGGACGAGAUCCGACGCAAGAUUCGUCGCCUUCUGGGCAAGAGUCACAUUGGCUUGGUGUACUCCCAGGAGGUGCACAAUGUGGUCGAUCAGAUCAAUAAUCUGAAUGGCAAUGAUAUUGACCUAAAGCCCCUGGGCUCACGACUGCUACAUCGCCAGAGCUUCACCGUCCACCAGGGCACCGAUGUGAAUGGACCCCUGCGAUUCAUGGAGGUGCGGGACGAUGGACUGGUGCUGCGAUCGGUGGACGGCACCAUUGUGGAGCGCUGGUGGUACGAGCGGCUGGUCAACAUGACCUAUUCGCCCAAGACCAAGCUGCUCUGCCUGUGGCGCCGCAAUGGUGGUCAGACGCAAUUGCACAAGUACUACACGAGAAAGUGCAAGGAGCUGUACAACUGCAUCAAGGAGGCCAUGGAGCGCGGCGGUACGCCCACCAAUGUGCCCGAACUGGGCGGCGAGUUUCCGGUUCAGGACAUGAACACUGGGGAGGGCGGUCUGCUGCAGGUGUGCCUCGAGGGUGUCGGUUUGUUGUUCUCCAACAGCAAGGAUUUCGAGUUCUUCGUGCGAUUGGAUCACAUCCGCAAGUGCUUCACCCAGAAGGGCGGCAUCUUUGUGCUGGAGGAGUACAAUCCCAAGACGCGCAAUCUUAUCCAGCGGAAGUAUCAGUCGAGCAUGUCCGAUCAGAUUUGCUACUCGGUGCUGUGCGUCUUCUCCUACGUGGCCGCCGGCCAGGAUCAGAAGAAGAAUCCGGUGGUCAUCACGCCGCAGAUCCAGGACAUCCAUGCCCAGCAGAAGCAGAAGCACCAGCAGCAGCAGCAGCAUCAAACCGCGCCUCCAGUCUCCACGGCCCCAGCAAAUCCUACCGCAAAUCCCAGUCGCAUGGGUGGCAAAUCUCCGGCUGGCACUAUCUCCAUACGGCACACGGUGCCCAUGCAGAAGCCCACCAUCACCAUGUCCACGGUGCAGCCGCAGGCGAGGAUGCCCACGGUCACGGUUCCGGUUUCGGUACCAGUUCCAGUUCAUGUUCCUUCACCAAAUUCAAAUCCCACUCCCCCAUCCAAUCCCCCUCCCAAUCCCGGCAAGCUGCCGCAAUUGCCGCCACGUGUUCCAUCGCAACCCUCGACGGAGAGCCUGGCCUCCAUCUCAUCGCCGCCGCCCAAGAUCCGCGCACCGAUGACCGCUCCACCGGGACCACCGCCGGCCAUACCGCCGCGCACUGGAGCGAUCGCGCGGAGCGGUUCGGUGCCGGCGGCCCGAUCCUUUGUGCGCCAGGCAUCGGCGAACUCCACGCCGCCGCAGUACACGCCGCAGCCGCCGCCGCCCUUUGUGAUCCCCAAGCGGCACAGUGGCCUGGCCAGGGCCUCCACUUUGGGAGGAUCAGGAGCAGCAGGAGGAGGAGGAGCAGCAGGAGGAUCGCAGUCGCAGCAGCGCGCCAGCCACGGCAGCGUCGCCGCUGUGCUGCAAUCAAUGCCGGAGGCUGAGCCCGGCUAUGGAUCCGGUUCCGCUUCCGCUUCCGGUUCCGGUUCGAUAUCCGGCUCCAGUUCCGGCUCCGGUUCGGCCUCGGGCUCCAUUGCCGGCGCCUCGCCGCAGGCCCAUCGCAAGCACUGACGAAGGAGUUCGUUCUUCAAGUUUGGAGGU